AAAGGUCCUGUAGGAAAGUAACUGCCGCCAGCCGCCAGCCGGGAACAGAGAGUUGAGAGUCGUGGUUACACCCCUACGAGACAGCGAGACAGGAUAUGACGACCUUCACCUCCGUCCACGCAUAACCUCAGAAGGAAUGCAGACAGACACGGGCGAGACUCAGGCCAAGGGGGCUGACACCCUCACCUUCUCCAUAGCCAAGAUCAUGGAACCCGACAAGCCUCGGAUCUCCUACCAGAACAGUCUUGACUCCGCGUUCAAGAAGUACGUCCCUGUGAUCCAUCCUCAGAACCUGCUACAAUACCCAGUGUUAUACUACCAUCCGGGGUACCACCACUACCUGCGGAGUCCUCUGGCCACGGGGGUGGUGACCGAGGGCGCUGGCGACUCUGCUGAGGCCGACAACAAGGAGUCUGGGGAAAAUCGGACUAAUAAUCGACAUAAAACGUUCACCUGCACUGACUGUGGAAAGGUAUUCAACGCCCACUACAACCUGACACGGCACAUGCCAGUUCACACUGGGGCAAGACCAUUCGUCUGUAAAAUCUGCGGUAAGGGCUUUCGGCAGGCAUCAACGCUCUGUAGACACAAGAUCAUCCACACGGAGGAGAAACCCCACACAUGUACCACGUGCGGCAAGGCCUUUAACCGCAGCUCCACACUCAACACACAUGCAAGGAUACAUGCAGGAUAUAAGCCAUUCACGUGUGAGUACUGCGGCAAAGGAUUCCACCAGAAGGGCAACUACAAGAACCAUAAGCUGACGCAUAGCGGGGAGAAAGCCUACAAGUGCAAUGUCUGCAACAAGGCGUUCCACCAAAUCUACAACCUGACUUUUCAUAUGCACACGCACAACGAGAAAAAGCCGUUCACCUGCAGAAUCUGUGGGAAGGGAUUCUGCCGAAACUUUGACCUCAAGAAACACAUGCGGAAGUUACAUGACUCCAGCUCUCCGGAGAGUCAGGACCAAGGGCCUUCCUUGCAAAGUCCUGGCAGCUUCCUGGGACCUCUAAUGGUGCCGUCCACACCCUACGUGUCUAAGCUCUUGUGACAGCAGAUCUUCCUGCAUCGCCCCGACACCAGAACUUAGCUGUGCGCUUCAUCUGCCAAUCGCACUCGCAGUGCUAGUGCUAAAGGCUUGGAUUCCAUUAGUUUUUUUACAUAUACGAUCACUUAAAAUUAGCUUUUAAUGUACCAACCGAGACAAAUAAAGUGGAUUGAGUCUAAAAAAAGUAAAACGUCUAAGAAAGCUACAAGUUCUUCAAACAUCGGUGUAACCAAGUCAAUAAUGGAAUUAGAUUAGUUCACUUUUCUCACUGGUUAAGCUAAUAUUAAAACCUGAUCAUAAGAUUAUUAAAAUAUGGGCAGAUUAAAAUAUUUAAUUGAACCACUGUCCUCAGAAACCCACUUAGGGCAGCAAUGUUAAAUUGAUUUGUCUUUUGGCCAUUUUGAUAUUGCUUUACAAGUGGCCAAAACAAUCUCUCAUGAUUAAUUAUUAUUGUUACGUGUUUUACACCAAACUGUUCUAUCCAUUGGUCAUCUAUUGGCCUUAAAAAUAUCCUCUGCAUAUACAUACAACGUUAAAGUCUCUAUUUCAUUAUCAACCAUUUAUUUAGACAAACACUUUUUGUUGAAAGAACAUUUUGCUGGGAUAUUACUAUUUCAUAAUGAAUGUUACGUUGAAGUUGGUCCGAUCAAAAUGUUUUAUAACGUGUGACAAUAGAAAAUUAAUUGUGAAAUACGACGCACAAUACGAUGAUUUGUGCACUAAAACAUAAUAGCUAGAGCAAAUGAAAUUCAAUUCAUUCAGCACUGUGAAUGCGAAGGCUUUGAUAAUAGAAAAAGAUGAAAAAGUGAUAUAAACAAAAAUGAAUAAACUUAAUCGUGUAUCUUAGUGCGGAAAAUGACACAUCUUUCUACAAGGGUUUACUGCAUUUAUGAAUAAAGUCCAUGGUUCCAUUGUUUGAAAAAGUCUCUCAGUUUACAAAUAUGCUCAGUCAAAUAACCGUUUACGUAAACAGUCUUUUUGUGACAACAUGAUAAACAAAAUUAAAACAAGAAAUGCAAAUAUGUUUGAAAUAAUGUGACGGGCAUAGAUAAAAUACGUAAACUAUUUAAAUUUAAAUGACGGAUUAUUUAGAACAUGAUACAGUACAUUUCUUGUACGGAUGCAGUGUAUGACUUUUUGACAUUCGAUCACACACAUGUUAGCAGAAAAGACCUGUCCAAAAUGAAUAAUCUUAGAAAAUCAAUCUUUAACAAUCUUGAGCUAAACUAUAGAAAACAAUUUGCAAAGUCCACACAAGUACAAUAAAAAUGUUAAUGAGAGAAGAGUAAACUGAUGUUGCUGUUAAAAACAAUACAACAUGUUAAAAUAUAAAUUUAGUUGAUUUUAUUUUUGUUCUGGGACACUACAUCUAAUUACUGUGUUGUACAGUUUUAUGCUGUUGAAAUUUCAAAGCCCAAUGAAGUUUGGUAUUUCGUUAUUUGAUUAAAAGUAAUAAAAGUUACAACAUUGAUUACUUUCUCUCAUGAUAAUUCAUUUUUUGUCUAGACACCUCAUAAACUGAACGACUUGGAGGAAAGAAAUUGCAUUCAACUAUCAAACAGUAACCUAAAAUCUUUCAUGUUUCAUUAUACGUUCCCGAAGGUUUUUUUCAACCUCUAAGUAUGCAUAUCUAGACUGUAGGCCUAAAGAUCCUGUUGGUGUAUUCUUUAUGUGUGUACAAAUCCCUAAAACAUCUUCAGUUCGUACUUUCAACCUCGUGUUAGAUACAUAAAUGUCUUUACGGGCCUAAGUGUUGAUCAAAGACUAUAUUGCCCUUAUUGGGGAAACAGUUGUAGCUGUGUUUAUAAGUAUAUAUGUAUUCUUACGCAAUAUAUUUUAAGUAUACAAUCAAAGGUGUAAAAAUACGUUAACAAUGUUUCGUUAAGUUUUAUUUAUAUUCGGGAUGUUUUGUUGAAUAAUUUGCAUUGGAAUGUGUGUUUGUUUUAAAUAGUUAAAGGCGUAAGUUGAUCGAUAAUAUUUCCAUGUAUACAAUAAAUUUGAUAAAUUUUGUAAAAUACUAUGACUGAGGAAGCUAUCACGAAAAUGAUCUGAAAAAAUUUUUAACAUCUACAGUAGGAUUUUAUAGAAUGUGACAAAACCUCCUCGUAUUAUUUUCUUGAGUAAUAGUCUGAGGCAUUCUAAUUGGUUGAUUAUGUAAAAGCAUUGUGAAACCAAACGUUUGAUAUUUUUACAGUACAACGUUUGUGUGUUGAAUACAAAUUAAUACAGACUAGCGUUUUAUAAAACUACUUCUGCUGUUCAAUAAUAAAAAAUGGAAAGAUAAUGAGUCUAUUGGUAAGAAUAAUUAUCCAGCAAUUUUA